AUGUGUACCUUUAAUAACCCUGUUCACAAACAACUCGUUCUUCACCUACAAGGCCAUAUCUGUGGUCCUGCUAUCCACCUCCUUAUCCCCGAUAAUAUUGAACAAGAUAUUCUCAGAGCUAUUCACAUCGUGGCUGAGAGAACUGCUACUCAGGUUGCUAGACCACCAUCUCCUCACAUCGACCAUCAUAUCCAUGUCGCACCACUGCCACCCUACCCUGUCCCUGCACCUGCUGCAGAUGAGAUCCAUACUACCACAGAACACCCGCCUGCUCCUACUCUUGUGCCUAUGGUACCUGAUCAAGUAUCACCUAUCGGUCCUUCGGAAUCAGCAGUUGAGACAAUGUCUCCUGCCCACCACACCACCAUUAGAACCACUCCAGUCAGAUGUUGUCCCAACAGAUACUACAGUGACCUAUCUCCGUAUUAUAUGAGUGAACCGACAUACAUAAUAUCCCGUAUAAGACGGGCCAGCGGACCAUGGGCCGAUGGUAGAAAUAUCCUCAACUAUGAUGGAUGGGCUGGGAGAAAUAUUAUUCCCAAUGGAGGCGGGUGGGCCCAUAUUGGGAAUAUGUAG